AUGGCUCCUGGUAAGCGCAAAAAUUGGAAUCCCGAGGACAUGAAAAAGGCGAUCACAGCGGUGCGAUCUAAUACCUGCGGCUAUCUAAAAGCAGCUAAGAUGUACAAUGUUCCGAAGUCAACUUUAAUAAGGCUAGCGUUAAAGAAAGACACCGAAAUCGAAAAGGUCGUAAACACUAAAUUAGGGUGCAAACCAGUUUUUCCCGAAAAUUUUGAAAAGAUGUUGGUGGAUUACGUUUUGACGAUGGAAUCGAAAUUAUUUGGUCUAAGCAGAAUGGAUGUUAAGUACUUAGCCUAUCAACUAGCUGAAAAAAAUAAUAUUAUGCACCCAUUUUCAAAAGAAAAUCAGCUUGCGGGUAAGGAUUGGCUGCGCUUGUUUUUAAAGAGGAACCCAAAUUUAGCGUUCCGCUCUCCAACGGGAACUUCAUUGGCAAGAGCACGAGGUUUCACAAAAGAUAAUGUGAAUACCUUUUUCGAUAUCCUUGAAAAGGAAAUGGACAAUUUUAAUUAUUCAGCCAACAAUGUUUUUAACGUUGAUGAAACAGGCAUAAGUGUCGUUCCAUCAAAAUUACCCCAAGUAUUGGCAAGGAAAGGUAAAAGGCAGAUUGGUAGCCUUACUUCUGCUGAGAGGGGAUCUACGAUCACAACUAUUGUUUGUAUGAGUGCAGGUGGAAUAUUUGUUCCACCACUAUUUAUAUUUCCACGCAAGAAACGCUCAGAUUUGUUGUUAAAAGGAGCGCCGCCAGUAUCAAUAUACGAAUGUCAUCAAUCCGGUUGGGUUCAAACAUACAUUUUUACAAUCUGGUUUCGGCACUUCCUAAAACACGUAAAACCAUCAGCUGCUUCGCCAGUAUUGCUCGUCUUGGAUGGUCAUUCGAGUCAUACAAGAAAUAUUGAGCUUGUUGAUUUGGCUAGGGAAAAUCACGUAUCUAUCGUAUCCAUCCCUCCACACUCCAGUCACAAAAUACAGCCGCUAGAUAAAUCUUUCAUGGGACCUCUUAAGAGUUAUCUUUCGGAAGACAUACGUGUUUGGAUGCGUUCGAACGGCAGAGUUUUGACACACUUCGAUAUGGCAGAGCUAUAUGGAAAGGCCUAUUUGCGAGUUCAGAGUGGGGAAAUCGCAAUUAUUGGAUUUCGCACAACCGGUAUCUAA